CCGUCAAGUGAACCAAACAGAACGCAUCUCUCGAAUCGAGCGGACGUCGUAAGCGAAGGCACUGUUGUGAAUCGUCCUGCAGCGGCAAUCGCAGGAUCAUACGCCAAUCAUAAACGUAAUCGCGGAAAAUCACCCUAACCAGGAUUAAAGCUAGAGUGUUAUUUGGUGUGAAGUGCAGAACAAUUGAUAGCAAGAUUUUAAAGAACGGAUUUAUAAUACACUGUGCUUAAAUUAAAAGGACCGGGCCGGGUGAAAAUAGUGAUCGACUUACUGUAAGGAAAUCAUAGUAACCUGAGCGACUGUGCCGCGGAACUGUCAAAACAAAGCAGUAGAAGCAGUAGUGAAAUUGCAAUGAACGAGUGUGUGUGAGGAAAACAAAACAAUCAAAAACAACCAGUAAACUACCCUACAUGCUAUAAUUCAACCCACACCGAAAGCGAUGCAAAGGCAUUCGAUCGAAGGAUAAAAGCUUUAUCGCCGGGGUACGGUUUUGCUGUGUGAGAGAGUUUUCGCUAGUGCAGUGUAAUCUAUGCUCGUUUGAGCUUCCGUGUCUCUGUUUGUGUGUGUGUGUGUGUGCUCUAGUGUAAGUUUGUGAGUGUUUACCCUAUAUUGCACCGUGUAUGUGCGCAGCACCGUUUGCUAUGUACGUGUGCCGUUCGGUGCCGGUUUUUCGUUGCAAUUUUCGUAUCCUUGCUGGUUCACCUUCACCGAUCACCGUACGGUGAAUCGAGUCCGUGUCCUGCGUCUGUGUGUGUGUUUGUGUGUGUCGCUCUCGGUGUGAAACCCUUCCCCAUAGGUGUGCUGGAAGCUUAACAGGUUGCAUUCGCUGCCACUUGCAGCAAAGGGCUGCAUUUUACCGCGCACAGGCAAUCAAAUAAAAAGGGACGAAAGCAAAGUAAUAUCGCUUCGCAACACGAGAGCGCAUCAUCAGCCAGCCUUUGGGUCGUUUUUUCGUGCAUCCUUCAAGGAUCAAAGCAAACAUAGAUCUUCCCUACGAAACGUGAAAGUGUGGUACGUGCAAGUGCAGGUGUGUGCGUUUUCGAUGUUUAAACCGUGUGUGGGGCGUAGUGCGGUGUGGGUUUUGUGAUAGUGUUUUCCGUUUCCAUUAUCGUCGCAACACCUUUGCCUGAAGUAAAUAAAACAGGGAGGUGUAGAACGGGCUAGAGGAGCAAAAAAAAAGAAGAGCAAAAAUAUCCUUAACCUCUCACAUUUCACGUGGCACCGAUGGUUCCGAAAGCGCCCAAGAUGGUGUAUUCAUUCGUGCCGGCCGUAGUGAUUAUCCUUGGAUUAGUAUCGUUUUCCCAUUCAAUCGCCCUCAAUGGCGACGUGCCGGGCAACAUUAAUAAAGCGGCCGUGAGCGUGAACUCGCCCCAGCCAGCGCUGGAAGGCGUGUUGACGGCGGUCCUGCCGGACGAACCGAACGCCGACAGCGAACGGUUCGAUGCACUUACGCUCGAGGAUCAGGUGCGGCUGCUGUCGAAGCAGCUGAAUGCACUGACGUACCAGCGGCGCGAGGACUACAAGAUGCUCGAGAACAGUCUGAAAAAGUACGUGCGCAAGAACGCGGCUGAAAUCACGGACGGCCAGAUACGGGAGGAGUUGGAUCAGUUAAGAGAGGACGUUAAUCAGCUGCGGGAAGCUAGCUCGCCGAGCAAAGAACGGCUCACCGUGCAGUGGCUGUCACAAUCGAUAUCCGAGAUCCGUUCGGAGCUGGCCGAGCUGCAGAGCUCGUUCGGCGGCGGCUCCAAGGAUGCUCAGUUCCGCAAUCAGCUGCUGGAAGAUCUCAGCACGCUGCGAAGCGAAUUCGGUACGGCAAAGUUGGAGCUAGAAUCGCUGCGUUCGCGGCAAGAAAAGACGGAAGUGCUGGUACGGGAGCUGCAGGAGGAAGCGGUCCAGAGUGCGGAUGAUAUUCGGCGCAGUCUGAACAUGCGACAUGAAAAGGAUGGCACCACUGCCCAGCAAGAUAAAUCGAUCCUACCCCACACGAUCGAUUUCGUCGAACCGGAAGCGGACCAUCGGAUGCGCCAUCAGCGCUUCAUACGGCAGCAGCUGCACGAGCUCGAGGUGAAGCAAAGCGUUAUGAAGCGACAACUGAGCGAGCUGCACGGCCACCGGCUGGCCGAUCGGUUGCGUAGCGUCGAAAUCGAACAGCGCCGUCUGGCAAGCGCUAGCUUCAAUGUAAGCCGACAGAUCGCGGGCCUCGAUAAGCUGCACGGUUCAAUGCUCGAACUGCUCGAGGAUGUGGAAGCGAUACAGGGCAAGUUCGAGAAGACGGUACCGGAUAUGAGACGCGAAAUUGCGAAGGUUGAGUUCGGUGUCGCGCAGGCUGCCUCCGAGCAAGGGCUGGUACGGGAAGAGGUACACAAUGCAGCCAAAAGCAUCCAGGCGAUGGCGGUCAGUGUGAGUGCGCUGCAGGAGGAACGGGACACCGUCAAGCGGUUACAGGGCGAGGUGCACGAGCUGAAGGAUGAGCUGGCAAGGAUUCGGUCGGCGUCCGUACUACACCGCGAAAUGGCACACAAUCGACUGGAGAAGCUUGAGGCUGGCUCGAAGUCCGAUUACAAUGGUAGUACGACGGCACCGCACCGAACGCUAACCGAGCUGGAGCGUACGACCAAGCUCGUGCAGCAGCUCGAAUUCGUGGAGAACGAGUACGAGUCCAUCAUCAACAAGCUGCCGCGGGACUGCAGCCAGAUCGAGCGGAUGCGCACCGCCGGUACGGCCAACCAGCCGGGCGACGGUGGUUUGUAUCUGAUAGCGCCGGCCGAACAGCACCACCCGCUAAUGACGCAGUGCUUCGGCGAGUGGACGACGGUGCAGCGGCGCCAGGACGGUACGGUUGACUUUAACCGAUCGUGGGAAGAGUACGCCCAAGGUUUCGGUACGCCGGCCGGCGAGUUUUGGAUCGGUAAUCAGGCACUGCACCACCUCACCCAGGACAACUGCUCCCGAUUGCGCAUCGUCAUGCAGGACAUCUACGACAACACCUGGUUCGCGGACUAUGCCACCUUCCGGAUCGAUUCGCGGGAUGCCGGCUUCCGGCUGGAUUUGGGCGGGUACAGUGGCAAUGCGUCCGACGCGUUCGAGUACCAGAAUCAUAUGCAGUUCUCGGCGAUUGACGUCGACCGGGACAUCUCGAAUACGCACUGUGCCGGGAACUACGAGGGUGGCUGGUGGUUCUCGCACUGUCAGCAUGCGAACCUGAACGGGCGGUACAACCUCGGGCUUACCUGGUUCGAUGCGUCCCGGAAUGAGUGGAUUGCGGUUAAAUCGAGCCACAUGAUGAUUGCCCGGCGCCCCGAGUGUGAUGCAAACGUGACGGAGCUCCCGGUCGAGCAGCAGCAGCAGCCGGUGACGAGUGGUCUUGCUGCGGCGACUUCCACGCCUUCCGACGCGUCCCGGAGUCUGCACGGUACGAAUCCACGACAGCAGCAGCACGACAGCACAACCACAGCUCCAACGUUCUCUUAAGUCAUCCAGCCGCUAAUAAUCCUUCCAUUUUGCCGACACACACCCCGAAACGCAACAAUCUCCACUUAAUCCAGACUCACACACACACACAACACACAGAUCAUUCAAUCCGGUACCUCAACAGCACUUUUCAUCAUCUUUCAUCACUCUUUCACGGCGCAACGUAACGAUCUCAUCAGCAGCAGCGUAAUCACGUUUAAAGGUUAAUUCUACGUUUCUUUUUAUGUUUAAAUUACCACACAAAAUGCACAACAAUUCAACACUGUUCCUCGUUCAGGCGUCAACCACAGUACGCUUUGUUUACCAAUUCCCACUGACGAAACGGCACAUUGACAGCUCAAGUGACAGCUCACUUCGAUUUCGUAGUAGGCGUGUGCACUUCACAAAAGGAAAUGCUGUCCAAACUGAUGGUCACAAAGAAAAUUCCGUUUUCCCUUUUUUCCUGCGCGUUUUAGAACCGCGUGACGUAAAUGGCACAAUCUAAUUGAUGGUCUCCAUUCAAAGAUGCGGCCAGUAAACCACGUGAUGAAUUUGUUGGCGGAAGGAACCAGCCACGCCACACCGAGUGUUGCGUGAUUGAAAAGUGAGAUUACUCCGCUGAUUGGAUUGAGGUCGCCGGCACGUAUUACAUUUAUUUACCCCUCUGUUCCCAGGAAGCAUCUUCGGACAAACGCACGAACCAGAAUCUAUUCGUGGCAUUCAUCAACGUCAGUGCAGGGGGAAAUUUGGUAAAAUGGAUCUCACUCUCACUUUUUCUUUCGGCGGCGAAAAACUUUGUGCCUUCGCACUUUCCGCCGGUCCUGGUGCUUUCGAUCGAACACUUUCGAUGAACGUCCCCCACUCGGGUCGCGCACCUCCGGCUUAGCCAAGUUUGCCCGUUUCCGUUUACAACAGCUCGAACAAAGAUGAUUUAACGCCUCCGUGACUAUCAAGAUAGGCGAUUGGUGUUGGCGGGUGCGCGAUAGAAGACCGCAUCGAUUUGAUUGGCGGCCAGCAAAGUGAACUUCAAAUUACCGAACAUCAACGGGAAAUGGUGGUAAUAUCAAGGAGAGAGAGAGAGAGAAAAAAGCAUGAGCGUCUCGACAUUGUCUUUUUGCACUCUAAAGGACGCAACUGGGCAAGGUAACAUUAUCCCGAAAAAAGUACGAACACGCAAAAAAAACAGAAAAAAGGAGCAAGCCUCCUAGCAUCCGGAAUGCAUUAAAAGUUUCCUGUCAGUGCCAGCAUCGGGCUGAGCCCAUUUAUAACUUUUUCCCAAUUUUUCGCACCUCGCCUCGGGGCAGGUUUCCGGUCGGUGUUUUUUUUUUCCUUCUCACCGAUCUUUAACCAGAUACUUCUAGGUCUUUCACCCAUGUGUUACCAACCAUCUGGAAAGAGGGAAGCUUACCAUUCCCGCAGGGCGUGGAUUGAGCUGAUUUUUUUUUUGCGGGCUAGAAUCUGGCCUUUAUGGUUCUAGGUGGGAAAUCAGCCGGCCGGCUGAGUGCAUGUGCACACUACAGUAAUAAUGGCUGAAAAAUUAUACCCCCACCACCAUGGCUUUCGUGAGCUGAAAACCGGGCUCCACACUUCCCAACGCUAGCUACCAAACGAUAGUGGUACGAGAAACUAUAGCACUAUAUAGCAGCACCGUGUCGUUUGCCAUUCAUCUUUCCGUAACUGUCAUCGUACGGGUUGUGGCCAUUUUUGCGAUAAAUUAUUGCGCCAGUACCACCAUGCCCGUGUGCCGCGUUUAUCUUACAAAACGUCAAAAGCGAGGAAUCGCCACGGUCGGCCACGGUUUUUGAAAUGUAAUUUGAGUUUCUAUGCUUGAUUUACUUUUAUUACGAUGUAAUAGUACCGAUGCACUGUUCGCACGGUUCACAGCCGCCUGUGAGCGUUUCUAUGGAAAACGCUUAAAGCGAGGAAUAGCCUACAUUUAGGCGUUAGGAUUUAGGUUUAUGCCUCUAACAAUUUGUCAGCUGCUAACAAUUCAGCUGCUUGAUGGGAGGAAACGAACCAACCGAGUACGGAUUAAGUGAAACAAUUUCUAGAACAAACAAACAAACGAAAACAAGUUCAACCAAAUACCAAAGAAUUCACGACAAAAGAGGAUAAUUCGACCCAGUUUGAUGGGCAAUGGGAAACAAAAUGGAAAUCGCUGCAUCGGCUGCAGUGGUAAGCACUUACUUCACCCAAAUUUCUAUUCACUGAGCAAACGAAUCAAAUUAUUAAUUUUAGGAUUCUUCUCAUUUACACAUCGAAUUUUAUUUCUAACAACCUUACUUUCAUCUUUCUAAAUUCGGAAUCACAUUCAAAGAUCAACCAUUCACGCGAUUCUUAUCAUAGCCCGUUCGUUAGUAGCGUGUAAGUAUUGGACGGAAACAAAUGCAUCAAAGCGCUGCACAAACAAAAUGUGCAUCCAACAACCAGGUGCAUGAUGAGUGUAUAUAAAUGAAUUUAAAACUGACAGAAACAAAAAGAACCCCAAACAAAGCAGCAUCGCUAAUGUAAAAACAAAAUGGAAGCAGUGUGGUAAAAAAAAAACUGAUGAUCGUAGAAUAGAACUUCACGCGAUCAGUUGAAGAGAAUGAAGAUGGAGAGAAGAAAAAACAACAACAACAAUCGUACCAAAUAUUAUUAGAGCAAGAAUGGACUUAAAAGCGGACGAAGUGUGUUUCGUCCACCAAGCGUCUUUAUCGUUUAAUGCACUAGAGUUAGGUUCAGUUUCGGGUUUGUUUGUGUUUAAUUAGACAGAGAACUGAUUUGAUUGUUCCGGCGAGAUGGAGAAAAUAGAUCUAUCGUUAACGAUAACACAAAGAAACUGUAUCAUUAUGAGCCAGUGGCAGAAUAUUUAAAUGAUUUCAGCUUAGGCUUAGUGAACUAAUUAAGUAAGUGGUGGGAGCUGUUUUAGGCAAAAUCGAAUCACUUUAUCUCAAAUUUGAAGAUCGAACGGUGGGAAAAAAAUUAAGUUAUUAUAUUUACUUUAAAAGAGAGGAACAAAAAGCAGUUUGUCUUUACUACGAUACAUUGUAAAUAUGGAUCCCCUUAUCUUGUGCAGUGAAGAUGCGUAAAGCAGCGUGUGGAGUUGUACGCGCAUGAGCGAUAACUCCAACUUUACGAUAGGAAACAGAUAGUGCGCAUAGCUAAUGAACACAGCAUCAGAACGCAUUCGAACAAGCAUCCCCGACCCCUCUGGUUCUACGGUAAUAGAUACAGUUUGUGAGCAAACAAAGUAGUGAACAUCCCCAUCAUCCCCAACAUCUCACACACAUACAUACAUAAACCAAAUCACAAUGCAGUAAAAUAAAUAGAAAAAAUGGCGUGCAAGGCUUAGGUUAAGUUGCGGCCGCAAACACUUUGCCGAAAGGGGCACUCGCAUCAUGAAGUGACCGGAACUGGAAUGCUGAAAAUCAAUACACGAAAACACAUACACUAGACAAGGAUCUAAUGUAAGGAAACUGUAACAAUAAAAAUGCUAUCGAACUUUUUAUAAGA